CAAGGUCAUAAGCGUUAGGUAUACAGUCGGAACGCAUGACUGGAAAUGUUUGUUUCUUCGGGCCGCGCCUGGGACCAAGCAUUUCGCGACAUAUCGGUUUCUUAAACCGGCACCUCCCUCGCUCCCCGUAAAGCGCUGCUUCCGACUUUGGCCGACUUACAAUCUUGUCCUUCGCAAUUCGGCGUCCCGGACGGGAACUUAAUUCGAAACAUAGUUGGAGAUGCGCAGAAAUGCUCCCCAGGUCGUCCUCGCAACCGCCCCUCAUGGUUGUUCGAGAUCCUUCAUUCCAUUAGACAAUACCAUUCUUCAAAGCGUCAUCCAUCGAGCUGAGUGCUCUUGAAGCUGUUCCUUCCUGCUAUUCAUAAGAUAUAGACAUCUUCUGACUAACUUUAGCUACAACAUCAGAUAUGCCUGAAAUAGUUAUAGACUCCCGUCAGCCCUCAAAGAGAUCUGCAAAAUUCUUGGGCACGAUCACGGCCCGGAUAUCGGGGCUCGCUGCUACCUUUGACGUAGUCCGGAUUAAUCAGGGUAAAAUGCCACCAAUAAAAGCUCAACACCGCCUAAUGCUAUACCGAGACUCGACGACCGAAGUCACAGGAACCUCCUAUUCAGGCUGAUCAGCGAACUACCUGGACUCGAACUUUCAUAUACUCCCCUCUCGAAGCUCUCGGAAAAGCAGCUCCAGAGCAGCGGGGUCCUUCGAUGUAACAUCGCCACAUGACGAGGGUCGAGAUGGACAAAGACCGAUCACGAUGCCAUUGCCGCAUAUAUCAAUGCGGAUGAUCUCUGCUAGAUACUCAAGACAUUGGUCUAGACUAGAUCAGUAUUGGUAUUGGGGUUGAGAGCCGAGCAGAGACCGGAGCAGCAAAUCAACUCAGCAAGAUGCGAGUUUCCUGGGGUCUUCUGGCCUUCCCGGCCGCGGCAUCAGCGAUCGAAAACGGUAUCAACGGUUGGCUACGAUAUGCGCCCCUUCCCAACAAUGAGCGCCCACCAAACCUGCGAUUACCAGGUGCAAUCAUGGCUUUGAGCACCAACAAAACCAGCCCUGUUUAUACCGCAGGCCAGGAGCUACAAGCCGGCAUCAAAGGCAUCCUCAACCAGACUCUUCCCCUUUAUCACGAACCCGACGAGUGGUUAGGGUCAACCAUCUUGGUUGCUACAACCGGAGAAUUUCACGGCGGGAAACCUGCCGCAACUCUGGCUGAUGAUGGCUAUCUCCUUCACGUGAGACCAGGAAAUGUGGUGAUUCUGGGUCAGACGGAGCGAGGUGCCUUGUACGGAGCCUUUGACUAUCUCUCGAGAAUUGCUCAAGGAAGAUUUUCCGAUGCCGACCUGAUUGCAAACCCAGACGCCCCCAUUCGAUGGGUAAAUCAGUGGGACAACAUGGACGGCAGCAUCGAGCGCGGUUAUGCGGGCGCUUCCAUCUUCUUCCGCAACAACACCAUUCCCAAGGACCUCAACAGGGUUUCCCAGUAUGCUCGGCUACUCGCUUCCAUCGGCAUCAAUGGCAUCGUUGUUAACAACGUCAACGCCAAUGCGAACUUGCUCACUGAUGCUAACAUUGAUGGACUGGGCCGUAUAGCAGAUGCAAUGCGCCCAUACGGUGUACAGAUUGGCAUAUCGCUAAACUUUGCAUCGCCCCAGACUUUGGGAGGACUAUCAACGUUCGAUCCUCUCGAUCGAUCUGUGAUUUCCUGGUGGACCGACAAGACGAACCGCCUCUACAGGCGCAUUCCAGACAUGGCAGGCUACCUAGUCAAGGCCAACUCAGAAGGGCAAGCGGGACCGUUGACCUACAAUCGCACGCUUGCAGACGGUGCAAAUUUGUUCGCUAAAGCUGUGCAGCCGCACGGCGGCAUUGUCAUGUUCCGAGCCUUUGUCUAUGACAAUCACAUCAACCCAGCGGACCUCAAAGCGGACCGCGCCAAGCAUGCGGUUGAGUUCUUCAAGGGUCUUGACGGACAGUUUUUGGACAACGUUGUUGUGCAGAUCAAGUACGGACCCAUUGACUUUCAGGUUCGAGAGCCAGCAUCGCCUUUGUUCGCCAAUAUACCCCAGACAAACACUGCGAUAGAACUUCAAAUCACUCAAGAAUAUCUGGGCCAGCAGAGCCACCUGGUAUAUCUUGCACCGUUGUGGGAGACGAUCCUGAAUUUCGAUCUUCGGGCUGAUGAUCAACCGUCACUCGUCCGUGAUGUUGUUGCCGGCCAUCGGUUCAGCAACAAGCGUGGUGGCUACGCUGGUGUCGUCAAUGUUGGAACUAACACCACAUGGCUAGGGAGUCAUUUGGCUAUGUCUAACUUGUAUGCCUACGGUCGUCUGGCUUGGAAUCCCAACCAAGACCCGCAAGCUCUACUCGAAGACUGGACGCGACUCACAUUUGGCUCAGACCCUCUUGUACUUGGAGUAGUGACGGAGAUAUCGAUGGCAUCAUGGCCAGCUUACGAAAAUUACACUGGCAACUUUGGUAUCCAGACACUGACCGAUAUUUUGUACACCCAUUACGGUCCGAACCCUGCGUCCCAGGACAACAACGGCUGGGGACAGUGGACGCGUGCAGACCAUAACGGGAUUGGCAUGGACAGAACGGUUUCCACGGGCACCGGCUUCUCCGGCCAGUAUCCCGCCGAAGUAGCCGAGAAGUUCGAGAGCAUCGAGACCACUCCGGACGACCUGCUCCUCUGGUUCCACCACGUGAACUACACGCACGUUCUCAAGUCCGGCAAGUCGGUGAUACAGCAUUUUUACGAUGCUCACUACGCCGGUGCCGAAACAGCACAGACAUUCCCCAUCGCAUGGGAAUCACUUCGGAACAAGAUUGAUACCGAGCGCUUCAAUGAUGUUCUCUUCCGCCUCCGCUACCAGGCCGGUCACUCCAUAGUCUGGCGCGAUUCCAUCUGUCAAUUCUACUACAAUCUCUCCGGCAUCCCAGACAGCACCGGCCGCGUGGGAAAGCAUGAGUACAGGAUCGAGGCUGAGGCCAUGGCGCUGAAGAACUACAAGCUUACCGGGGUCAACCCAGUUGAAACAGCUUCGAAUCUAACUGCUGUGGUUCUCGUUUCCAACCACACAUCGGGAGAGGCGACUACGAAACUGAACUUUGACUCGGGCAAGUAUGAUGUCACGAUCAACUACUUUGACCUGAUUGGUGGUAAGGCGCACUACAAGGCGUUCCUCAAUGGGAAGUUGUUGCUGGAAUGGGCUGGAGAUCUGGAAGACAAACUAGGCCAUACUUUCUCUACAAAGCUUGAUGGACACUCGGCUACGAGGGUUACGAUUCGUGACGUCCAAAUCCAGAAAGGGGAUGUGUUGAAGAUUACGGGAGUGGCUGAUGGAAACGAAUUGGCGCCGUUGGAUUAUAUUGCUGUCUUGCCGCAAGGUGUUGUUGACUAACGGCACCAUGCCGAGCGGUGUGUGGAGCGAGAAAAGUUUGGUGAGCAAAGAGCGAGGCAAAGAACGUAUAACUUGAUACGGACAAAUACCGAUACUUCACAAGAAUGCAUACUCCACCCGCUAAAGCUUUCAGUAUCAUCUAACUGUCCCAGUCUUCACUUGCCAUACCUUCUCUCGUUGGGCCUCUUCUUGCAGGCAGGGAGAUCAUGUCUACCUAAACCUCCCUCCCCAAAAACUCAUGAACCCUCUCCAAAGUCUCCCCAGCCGAAUAACUCAGCGUCAAAUCAUGACCUGUCAUCCGAGGCGACCAAACCUCAUACCUCCUCGCCCUUGGGAAAGUAUUUCCUGUCUCCCACAGACUCUUCACACACUCCUCCUCCGGCGGGUUGCACAUAACGAAAUCUCUCUGUCCCGUUGCAACCAACACCGGACCCUCGAAUUCUUCCGCACCCACACCCCAAUCCCCCAGACUUACCACCUCCCCUAGCGUGACCGCAUCCGAGUAUUCAUAAUCCGUCCUCGCUAACUCAGGGUCAUAUGACCUACCAGCAGCAUCGGUGGCGUUGUCGUAGAACCCCUUCUCCCGGCCUUCCAAAGUAGCUAUGGUUAGAUAUUCUAGGUUGUGAAGAUACUUGCCGGACGGAAAUCGAUCAGGGAAGACGCUAGGGGCGGACGCCCAGGGAGCGGAACGCACGUGCAAGGUGUUUUGAUGGGAGCUGUAGCCUGUCAAGACCAAGGCGGAGGCGUCAAGGGGGUAGGAACGGGCGAGGGCAACAGAGAGGUAGGAGCCUAGGGAGUGCCCUACCAAGGCAAUUUUAGAGAAGGUCCUUCCCAAUGGGUUGGUCCUGGGGGAGGUAGUAGUCUUGGUGUUGGGCUGGGUCUUGAUGACAGAAAUAAGCUGGUGCAGAAGCUCCGUCUGUAACGGCAUUUGCACAUCAUUCAACGGAUCCAGACCGCGCGGGUCGUUCUCUCCGUGAGACAAACGGUCGAGGGCGAGGGUGUGGUAGCCUUGCGAAGGGCUGGUCGCGUAGGACUGCCAGUCGUAGGGAUAACCAAAGCCGUAUCCGGACCACAUGGUUUUGUUGUAGGUGGCGCCGUGGAGGAGGAUUUGGAGAACGUCUUCAUUUUUAGAUCUGUGGGAAGGUCUGCAAUAGAUGGCCUUGAGGGUGAAGGUGCCGUUGACGGUAUGGUUUCCGUUUGCCACUACAGUGCCAUCCCAGGAUUGAUUGAUGGUGUCGAGGAUUUCGGUCUCGUUGGAAGGGUCGGGAGGGGAGGCGAGGGAAAUAUGCGAGGCGGUCGCCGUGAGGGUGAAGGAUAGAGAGGCACAAAGUGGGCUGUGAGAGCUGUGAGAGAGCUCACGAGCGGCGGAACUGUGGCCACUUGUUGGGCUUAUGAAGAUGGGGAGGAGAAUCCAUAGUAGGGAGAGGUUUGGGGGUAAUUUGGCAAGCAUUUUUUUGUCGUGAGAGUGACACUGAGGAGAUUGAUGGUAGUCUGGAAGUUCUGGGAGGGAAACCGGAUGUCUGCAGUAACGUCCUGGAGUCAUGCUUUGCUUCACGGUACCAUUUAUCAGCUUUGUGAUCGGAUAUUUCUACCCAAGUCCAUCCCAUCCAGAUACAGGUG